AUGCUGCGGCUGCGGGUGCACGGACUGGCCCGGUGGGGUGCAUGCCGGAAGACUGCUGCUUUCUCACUGGGGUGGGCUCGCUGCGGGCAAAGGGCGGCGACGCUGGACGCGCUGGACACCAAUGUGGCACUGAGUCAGGAGCAGGAGGCGGUGCUGGUCAAGGAAGAGCAGGCUCUGGCAGAGCUGGGCGAUGUAGUGGCAGUGCUCGACGGGCCCAAGGACGAUCGCGAGCUGAUCGAUGCUGCUGUUGCUGCUCUCCGUUCUCCCUUCCUGGCUGUGGUCGUCGGCGAGUUCAACGCGGGCAAGUCGACCUUUGUCAACGCCCUGCUCGGCGGGAAGCACGCGGCGAUGGGCGUGACUCCGACCACGGCCGAGGUCACGGUCAUUCACUACGGCGGGAGCGAGGAGAACGCUCCCAGCGCGGCUGUUCAUGCGGCAGCGGCGGGGAGCGUGAAGCGGCUCCCGCUGCCCAUCCCGUGGCUCCGUCACGUUAAUCUUGUCGACACGCCCGGAACCAACGCAGUCAUCCGCGAGCAUGAGCGCAUCACUCAGCAUUUUGUUCCGCGAGCAGACCUAGUGCUUUUCCUCACCUCGGCCUAUUCGCCGUUCUCGGCCUCUGAGCGCGAGUUUCUGGCCUCGAUUGCCGACCAUGGCAAGAAGACCAUGAUUGUGUUGAACAAGGCCGACGUGGUGACCGACCCGACCGAGCGUGCCACUGUGGCCGACUUUGUCACCCGCAACGCCGCUGAGGUGCUCGGCGGCGCCGCUCCGCGUGUCCAGUUUGUCUCGGCCCGUGGCGCGCUCAAGGCCAAGCUUGCCGGCACGCCGCUCGACGGAACCGGCUUUGACGACCUCGAGGCCUUUAUUGUCUCCCAACUCUCGUCUGACGCUCGUAUUCGACUCAAGCUUGCCUCUCCACUCGGCACUGCGAGCCAUCUGGCUCGUAAGUACUCGCAGGUUGUUGACGCCCGCCUCGCGCUCCUCGCCGGCGACUACACCGCGCUGCAGGCCGUCGACGCCGAGCUCGCCAAGACCCAGGCCGGCAUGCAGGCCUCGCUCAAGGCACAGCUCGAUCGCAUUGACUCGGUUUUGUACCGACUUGCGGAGCGCGGCGAUGAGUUCUUUGACGAGCAGCUGACGCUCACCAACUUUCGCGCCCUCUUCUCCGCCGCCGAACUCAAGGCAUCGUUUGAGCGCGACGUGGUGAAGGAUCUCUCCUACCAGAUGGAAGAGCACGUCAACGAGUUUAUCGACUGGUUUGUUGAGCGCAACAAUGAUCAGUGGGCGCGAGUCCACCGCAUCCUCACCACCGCCACCCAGAAUAGCCCGCAGGCCGACGACGACGACGCUGACCUCGCCGACGCUCGCAACGUUUUGGUCCAGCAGCUGGGGGCAGUCGACGUUUCGCGGCGCUCGCAGCUCCUCGACCACAUCGGCUCCCAGGCUGCGUCGGUAGUGACGUCUUUCGACAAAAAGGCAGAGGCUGCCAAGCUCGCCGACUCCCUCCGUUCCGCCAUGGUCUCUGCGCUCGGCACCACCGGCGCGCUCGGGCUCUCGACGGCGCUGGUAGUGGCCAUGACCGACAUUACCGGGACGCUCCUCCUUGGCGUCCUCGCUGCUUCGGGUCUCUACAUCUUGCCCUAUCGUAAGCGGCAGCUCCGCGCUGAGCUCCACGAGCGCAUCGAGGAGCUGCGCGUCAAGCUCAACGACUCCCUCGAGGCCACGUUCCGCAACGAGCUCCACGCCACCGACGGCGAGAUCCGCGCCGCACUCGCGCCGUACGCCAAGUUUCCGCAGCGCGCCUCGACACUGUAG